AUGUUCUUGCGGCAUCUUUUAAGUAGCGUGAUUUGUCGCUUACAUCCCUAUGAAAGAGCAAAGUAUUACCGAAUUUACACCGUUGUAUUAAAUCCCAUCAUAACAUCUCUCUGUAUAUUAUUGAUUAAAUUAUUUAUUUAUGAUCCGAUAUUAUUAAAAUUACAACAUGAUCAUCAACACAUUUCUAAUCGGGAAUCAUACAUUGAUUUUUCAAAGUUACUCUUCUAUCAACUAUUUGGACGUUUAGCGUUAUACUUGAAUUCAUAUCUGUCAUUAUUCGAAAUGAUUGUUUUGAUUUUGCUUGUUCCGAAUAGCUGGACUUUGAUUUAUGUCAUUAACGCGAAUAGAAUUUCAUUUUCGGGAUACACUUGGAUGUUCUUUGUCUUUUACAAUGUAGCAAGCGCACAUAAUUUGAUUACGUAUGGCAAAGAGCUAUUUUUCACUCUUGAUGAAUUUAAUACAGCAAUGGAAGAAAUACAGCGAUCGAAUACAUUACCAACAUCUUCCUCAUCAUCAACCAAUACCCUAAAUUCCUCUGUUACUUCUCCAAUGCUGAAAGGUCCUUUAAGCUCAAUGAAUUUACAACAAUUAUUACUAUUCCAAAAAGAUUUAAAUUCAGAAAUAGAAAAGCGACGUGUGUCACAGAAUCAAGAAGUGUCUCAAAUUAAUGAGUUAGAUUUAAUUUCAAAAGUGUGCGUGGUCUGUCGAUCGAAACAACCCUGCUAUAGGUUUAAGCCAUGCUAUCAUACUUGCGUUUGUGAGGAUUGCGUGUUGAGCUAUUGUGAAGUUCAACAGGAUGACAACGAUCAUGUAAAAGCAGAGGACGAAGAUACUUUCUUCCAAAAUUUGAUAUUUAAAGCUAAAUCUUUUGCUACUGACAUGUGUCCUAUUUGUAGGAUGCCAAUUACAGGUGUAGAAUACUACAAGCAUUACACACCUCAUCAUAAGAUUUCUCCAGAAGAGUUUCAUGUGAAUGGUCGCAUGCGAGGUUAUCAAGAAACGAUCAAGUUGAUCCAAAAUAUUCGAGAAAAUCCAACGCUGAAAGAUCGGUUGUUGUACUGCACGCAGUACUUUAAACUAUUUGAAUGA